AUGUAGUCCAGACUAUUUCAUUUAAAAUCAUAAUACACCAUAUACUUUGAAGUUUUAUUUUCUAAUGCAAUCAUAAACAUGUUAAGUUUUAUUAACUUAGUAGCAUCCCCACUGACUAUAUUCUAUUUUCCUUUAUGUGCUCAAGCACUUUCAAACAUAUUUUAUUUUAGGAUUUUUAUUUUUAUCUUCCACAGCUGGAUUUUGUUGUUUCACUUUUAUUUCAGAUGCGCUUGUAAGGAGUAUGAGCAUCAUCACAGUGAAAUGUUUCUAGCCUACAGAAUGCCCUACAAAUGGCAAAUGCAGCUCUUUUACCAAGAACCUGCCAACACAGGCCACGAUUUGUACCAAAACUGUGAGGAAGGUGGCCCAGUUAUCACUGAAAAGUACUACAGCCACCUAGACAAUGACUUCCACAUGAACAAUCACAUGUGCAAGGACAUCGCCAUUAUUCCCAGCAAACACCUCCACACGAUAGUAGGCUACGUUAAGUAUCUGAAGAAGUGCAUUCAGAGAGUCCUGGUUAGAGGUAUUUCCAUCAAGCUGCAGGAAGAAGAGAAGGAGAGGAGAGAUAAUUAUGUUUUUAAGGUCUCAGUCCAUGGACCAGGAGAUAACUGA